UGCAAUAAUAUCACAAUUAGUUUCUGACUGGGUGUAAAGAUGCAGGCAUUUUUGCAUAAGGGAUCACAGUAUUCAAACAAGACAUUUCAGGGCAGAUUUCAACAAUUUAAGCAUUUCAGGCCAUUUAAUAUGACAUUUAAGACAUAUAAUUUUUGUAAUGUAUUUUCCAAAGCAUGUGAGCUUAUGCAAGGUGCAUUCUUUGAUGCACAAGCACUGGAAAAGCACUGAAAAAACCUCUAAAUUACUUUGGAAGGACGCACCAGUCCCCAUUAUUGGCCCCACACACAGAAAGUUAUCAGUUGUAACAGGAACCCCACACAUCCAACUUAGACAUGCAACACUCAAACCUACACGAUAUCAUCAGACUGACGAAAAACACCAAACCCCAAAAAAGGAAAUAGCUGCUGAAACUGUCAGGCAGAAAACAGAAGUAGCAUCCUUCAUUUUGUACAAAAAAAUUAACAGACACGCCUCGAAGAAAUACAGACUUGCAUCUGCAAACCUGAAUAACCAGCUCUGAACCGCCACACACCCUGACAAAAACCAAAUACAGACAGCAAUGAAGUUCAGUGCCUAGUCAUGUUGGAGGGGAGAGAGGCAUAUCAGAACAGGAGCUGUAACACUUCUAAGUUUGACGACAGGGAAUUCUAUAACGCUAUUCGGGACGAAGACCUGGGACGUAUGGAAGAAAUGACAAAAAAGUACGGCAGCAACUAUCUCCUAAAGAUGCAAGAGACCCCAGGUGUUUUCUGUAAGGCUCGUGCUGCCCGUCCCCUUCACCUGGCUGCCACUUACAGAAGAGUAAAGAGCAUGCAGAGCCUGCUAUCAGCAGGGGCAGACCCUGAGAUGAGGGACGGGCUUGGUCAAACCACUCUACACUUGUUGAUAACCAGCUGGCCGAGUGAUAAAACAACUUGGCAAAAACCAGGCUCCAAGCUGUUUAACGAGGCAGAGGCAUGUCUGCGCCUCCUUUGUGAGCACGGUGUUAACGUCAACGCAGAGGUGGAUGGCAAGAUUCACCAGACAGCUCUCCACCUUUCAGUGCGCUGUGCAGCUCUGUCUGCUAUCCAUAUUCUAGCCAGCUAUGGUGCUGAUGUUAACGCAGCGGACAGCAAUGGGAUGACUCCCCUGCAUAUGGCUGCUGGGAUCCUUCAUAAAGACAUUAUAGCCAGCUUGGUCAGAGAGGGAGCAGAUAUCAACAUGGGGGUAAAGGACUCUGGGAACACUCCUCUGCACAUAGCUGCUGUGGCAACGGCUAUGAAGACCACUAAAACCCUGGAGGACAGCAGUGGCUGCAUCUCAGAGCUGGUCAAACAUGGAGCCCAGGUCAACGCUACAAACAAAGCUGGAUUGACACCUUUACAGGAGGCGUGCACCAUAGGCGACAAUGAGCUGGUGGACCUGCUGCUCAGGUAUGGAGCCAACAUCGAUGAGCUGAGCAAAGCAGGAGAGAACUGUCUGUUUCUGUUCCUGAGCCGCAGGCCUAAUUUGACGAAAAACUCUCUGCUGGUGAAACUCUUCAGUCUAAUCUCGCCGCUCACUGUCUACAACCACAAAGGCCUCCUGCCCGCCACCUUGAAUCGACCAUGUUUCUUCAAACAGAGACAACAGUUACUAAAACUCAUUCAGCAGCCAAGGAGGCUUCAGGACAUUUGCAAGAGAGUAAUUUAUCUAAAAUGUGUCCAAGACAAGAGAGAUGAGUUAAGAAAAGUCCUGCCUGAGAGUGUUUAUAACUUUGUAUUCAACUACUGGGAGGAUUUACAUAUUUCCUUUGAGACAGAUAGUGAUGGUGAUCGGGACUCACUAACUAGCCUAACUGACAUGGCUCCUGUCUAACACCUGUGUGUGUCGACUGCAAACUGCACUAAAGCUGCUUCUGAUCAAAACAAAUAAAUCACAGUAGCUUACCUUCA